UGGGUUUUUAUCAAUAUACCAGGGGUCAGUUUCUUUCGCACCUCAGAAAAGCUGUAGUAAGGAGGUGUGGAGGAAGAUGACGAUGAAUGCUCCACACGGCACUAUAAAAACAUGAUCUGUGAGUAGUUGGAGCAUACAUCACCAGGAUCACUCUGAUUGAAUCUGUGCAAUCAUCUCUCAUCUUGACCACAGACUCGCUUCAUCUAAAUGAUGGUAUUGUCGUGGAUAGCGGCAUUUCUGCUUAUCAGCAUUACUGCAUCACAAGAGCUCACCCACUUUCCUGAGCACUUUGUUGUGGUGAGAAGAAAUGAAAACUCUGUCACCCUUCCCUGCGAUUCAGCCAUAGCUGGACCUGUGACAUGGAAGAUGAACGACGAAGAUUUAGAUUUUGAUUACUUCUAUGAGCAGAAGGACCAAAAUCUAAGUGUGAAGGAGGUUGAUACACCCUUGCUUGGAGAAUAUAGCUGCUGGAGAGGGGAAACAAAAUUGUCGUCAACUCUUCUGUUACAGGAAACUGAGGAGGGAGAGGAUAUAGAUGCUUUGCUCACAUGCCAUGCAGUGUCCUAUGAUUGUAGCUUCAACUGCACCUGGACUGACAGCAGAUAUAAAAUGGUGCGCCUUGGAGUUGGCCCAGAAUGCAGUGAAGGUCAAACAUCUUGCCAAUGGGUGAGCAAAUAUCGACAGACUGAGAAUGAGAAAUUAACGUUUGAGCUGUCCCACAACAUUUCACCAUACGCUGAGGAAAACACUACGCUGGAAGUCACUGCCGAGGCCAUUGACAACCCCUUCCUCCUCAGGAGAACCAAAGUGUUUUAUCUCAGAGAGAUUGUUGUACCUGAAAGCCCAGAGAUUGUCAGUUCUCAGGUCGUGGGGCAGAAAUUGAAUGUCACCAUCAAACCGCCUUCCAGCUGGUCAACUCCUCACAGCUUCUUCAGUUUGGAGCAUGAGAUUGAAUACGUGUACAGGGAUGACGGCCGGGCCGAACGCUCUUUGUCUUCUCUGAUUCCGAAGAAGAUCAGUAAGCUGAGGGCCCGAUCAAGAGACCCGCUGGUGUUCUCAUCUUGGAGUCAGUGGACACAUUGGAAAAAUGUGAGGAAAUCAUGCCGAUGCAAAAAGAAAACAAAAUCUGAACUGCCAUCCCAGUGCUUGGAACACUGCAAGAAGAAAAAGGGGCAACGGAGACGUAAAAAAGCCAAGAAGAGUCCAAAUCCUGGCAAAUGAGGAUCUUUUUGACAUAAUUAUUCAGAGCAGCAAAACCUGUGCUGUUUUUUUGUAAAGCCACUGUCACUGCAAAAAAGGGUAUGGAAAGACUGGGAAUUUUUUUUUACUUUACAUCUCUGGUUUGCAUAAAGGUAGGAAACUAUGGUAUGAUGAUCAAAAACAAACACAUUUUACUCACAAGUAAUAAUCAUUAGCUGCGUUCUUGUUUUACUUUGUGUAAAAAUGAGUCAUUUUUACCUGUUUAUUGGCUAAAAUAACAGGUAAACAAAGCAUCUGUUUUUAGUUUAUUUUUGGUUGUUUUGUGUGCAGUGGGUUUGUUUGGGGUGUGGUUUCUUUGGUCGGCCACAUGUUGUUUUCAUUUUUUGUAAAAAGUUAAAUUGAUUUCACUUUUCAAUAUUUUUUUUGCUUAACUCUUCCUAAAACGGAAACAUGUUAAUUAAAGAGGUAAAAUAUCAAAGCUGAUGGUGAAACACUAACCUCUGUUGUUUCUCUCUCCAAGCGGGCACAGGACUGCAUCAUUGUAGAAUUGAAGGGGGGUUGCUCAGUUGGCAGUUAGCAAACUAAUUAAAGUGCAUUACUGCCUCCAACUGAUAAGGAGUCAAGCAAGGAAACAUGAAACAAGACUCCCCAGAAAAAUUCGAAUUAAAAAGAAAAAUUUGAAAAAAAAUAAUAGGUUUCCAAACUGUAUGUUUUAACCCAACAUAAUGAAAAACAUAAUCAAAUUUGUCCUCAUAAUUACUAAUUUGCCUUUAUGCUUAUGUCACUCUGCCAGUUUCUGACGGUCCUACUCAUUUUCCCAUUAUACUUUCAACCGCUUUCCAGUUUAAAUCUCUCACUUCAAGGUGUUUUUCUGCAGCUUUAGCUAUUAUUUUUGAUGUUUUCGGUUUUCUUUGUCGUCUGAGCACUACAAUUGAUCACUUCUACCAUAAAAAGUACAAAAUCCCUCUUUUUAACAAUCAAUGAAUCUUCUGCAGUUUUGGGGCACUCCUCCAGAGGUUUUGCAUAUUUCAUUUGUGCCACUGCUGAUUUCGGUCUUUCUGACUGGGAUGAGAUUCUUUUUGUAGCUUCAGCAUAACUUAAAGGAAUAGUACACCCAAAACAUGAUUAACCUUCAUUUU